AUGUCCCAUGAGGCACAGAUCGCCAAGUUGCAGCAGGACCACACUUCUGCUUUAGUAUCACUACAGAUGCAGUACAGGGAGAUGCAUGCUCAUUGUGUGCGCGAGGUGGAGGUUGCCCAGACCACCAUAGCGACUCAGGCCCGUAACAUCAACGGUCUCCAGCGCGCACUAGACGCCAUCACUAUGGAACGUGAUAAUGCCACUGCGCUCUUGCAAACGAGGACGGAGGAGUUGCGAGGGGCGGAUGCAUAUCUUUCAAAGACGGACUCUGUACCUGAAGCGCAGACCGCCGCGCUCAUCGCGGACAAAUGCGCACCCCAUCUCGGCCAGAACGUGUCACAACAAGGAGCACACGAUCAGGCCACGGUGCAACGAAUGGCAGGUGUCAUCGGUGAGAAGAUGACUGGCGUCCUGCAACCGACUCCGGGUCGAGAGGAUCCAAUAUCGAUCCAACUCGCGUUGCAGGCGUGCUUGGUCGUACAUACGCGACACAUUAUACAAAAAUGGGGUUCGGGAGCAUCCGAGACCAACCGGGCGUUGCAGUGCGCUUGGGAGUCUCUAUAUCACGCAGAGACGCAGACAGUUGCGGGACGAUGGCGCGCAUUGACGCGGCGGUACCUUAGACAGGGCAUCGCUACAGAUGGAAUAGCCUUGUCAAGUUCAUACACAUCACGACUUGCAACCGACUGCGCCGUCAUCCUUGAAAUCGCAGGGAUGCCUCGCGAUCUCCGCGACGGGAUCGAAGCGAAGUGCAGUAGCAGACUGAGCAAGAUCGUCGAUCUUGCUCUCGGCCUCCAGACCGCUAUCGGAGAAGACGUCAUCACAUGCGAGCUCGAUAUACUCACCGCCAAAGACGGAGCACAGUAUGACCCCAGGAGCAUGGAGGACGAAUAUCGCCGACCGGGCGAUGCACCAGAGGCUUCGCGCGUCCUCUGCGUGAUUGGGAUGGGUCUCAGCCGUAGAGAGAAGGUAGUCGGGCGCGGAGGGAUCGCUAAAUGGUACGACUCCAUUCUGCUGCUGCUGAAGUCGAAAAUUACGUCGGACAUCAUCCUUGACCAAUUGUGAGCCCGGCUGUCAGAAUGCGUGGGAACAUGUUUGAGCAUCCGCUCACCUUCCUCACAAUCUUGGUACAGUCUCUUGGAUGUUCCGCUUGUAUAAUGUUCCGCGAGUCCACUUCAUAUACAUCAUGUAACCAUCUACCUCAGGGGAUGGUUCGUA